CAAAUGUAAACUAGGUAAAUAACUGUCCAUAACUUAACCUGUUAUUCAGUAUUGUUGUGGUUUAAAUGUCAUGAUUGUUUUAUCAGCUGUAUUUGUUUCUGUCUGGAUUUAGGUUAUGGAGGGCCUCUUCCAUCUUUAUGCCAACGAGCUCCACCUCGGGAACACCAUCUACAUUUUAAAUUAUUUCACAGCAGGAAUCAUACUUUUUGGAAAGCGAGACCAACGCAGUCGGCACAGCUUGUCAAGGACCAACUUAGAGAAAUACAAAGCGAUCAUCUCCUUUGUAAAUGUUGGUGGAGUGCACUGGAAGUUACUGUUCAUAUUUCCAGAAAUCAGCUCUGUGUUUUUGGUGGAUCUUAUGGCAAAUAAAUUAGAGGAAGCAGAGUCUGCACAUGAUGCAAAAAGACUACGGGAUUACUUAAAGAUGAGAGCCAUAUGCUAUGGCAGGGAUGACUGGGGUGCUGUCAGAUGGAAAGGAUCAACCAUGCACCAUCCAUUUCAACGCGAUAGCAGCAGUUGUGGGGUCAUUGUCACCAAGAUGGCAAAGGCCCUGAUGGAGGCCUUUCCGGCAUUGCCAGUUAUGUCCUUUGGGACAUCCAAGAAGGAGAUGGCAUUUGAGAGGACAAAGCUUGCACUAUCUUUACUCAGUGGUUCAGUGUUUGACAUGGACGACCACUGUGCUAUGUGCUCGACCUCAAAGCCCCCAGGAUCAGGGCCUCCAACUACUGACUGGAAACAGUGUGACACAUGCGAAAGAUGGUACCAUGAGCAGUGCCUAGCCAUGGAUGAAGAAAAACUCCAAAAUGCAAGAUUGAACGAUUGGGAUUGUGCUCUUUGCAUUUAGAAAAUAAAAAACUUCAAAUUUGAAGAAAAAAGAAAGAUGUAUAUAGUUGUUGGUGUUCAGAGUCUUUGUAAUUUCAUAUGUAUGUUCUUUGAAAAUGUUAAUGUUGAGAAGAGAAGAAAUGUAAAAGCAAUGUCAAUAGUAAUUUUGUAUUCGUGACUGAUUAUUAAUAUUUGAAAAAUGCUUGUAUGUGUGUUUAUUGCAAAGUAUUAAAAGUGCAACAUGUA